AUGACACACCGCCAACUAGAAUCUGGAACGAACGACUGGAGGGGGCCUGAUGAUCCAGACUGUCCUUACAACUGGCCGAUGUGGAAGCGCAUCUACAUGACCAGUAUUCCAGCAUUCCUCUGCAUCAACGUGUCCUUCGCCUCAUCCAUAUACACAUCUGGAGCCGAAAAUAUCGCACAAAAUUUUGGUGUCUCCCACACGGCAGCUCUGCUUGGGCUUUCCCUAUUUCUUUGGGGUCUUGGCCUUGGGGCCAUCAUCGCGGCACCUGUCAGCGAGUAUUAUGGUCGCAGAAUUGUAUAUCUAUCAACUGUUCCAAUCUUCGGGUUGUUUAUCCUAGGCUCGGGAUUAGCACAAAACUUCGCCACUUUGAUCGUCUGUCGUUGCUUGGCUGGUUUCUUUGGGAGCGCGGUGGUCUCUGUUGGUGGAGGCACCAAUGCAGACCUCUGGCCCCCUGCUCUAGCGGGAUUUGUUUAUCCAUUCUACUUCGUAUCGCCUUUCCUUGGCCCAGCUCUUGGACCUGUUAUUGGCGGCUUCGUCAGCGAGAAAAAGGACUUCCGCUGGCUUGAAUGGGUAAUACUCUUCAUGGUCGCCUUUAACUACCUCUACUCUAUCCCCCAAUUUGAAACCUAUAAGAAAACGAUCCUCCAAAAACGCUCCCGCACCGAGAAAAACGCCGAAGCACCCCCAAAUCUCAAAUCGGUUGUCCCUUCGAGCGCUGUGAUUCAGCGUAUCGUCCUCAAACCUUUUAAGAUGCUUUUCGUCGAGAUGAUCGUGCUAUUUAUGACUAUUUAUAUGGCGUUCAACUUCGCCGUGUUCUAUAGUUUCUUCGCCGCCUUCCCGUAUAUAUUCGGUGGCCGGUACAGCUUUACCGCUAGCCAGGAAGGCCUUACCUUCAUCUCUAUAGCGCUGGGGUGCGUCAUCGGCUUCCUUGCCGUGGUCUACAUAGAUCGAAAGACAUACCCUGCACUAGAGGCAAAGUAUGGCGUCGGCACAGUCCCACCCGAGUACCGUCUCUAUGGUGCAAUGGUAGGCUGUGCCCUCAACCCAGUCAGCCUCUUCUGGUUUGGCUGGACAGCCGACAAAGGCGUGCACUGGCUGAGCCCCGUUGUUGCAGCUGUGCCAUUCGCAGUGGGAAAUAUUAUGGUAUAUAGCAGCGGAGCGCUGUAUAUCAUGAAUUCAUACGGAUCGCUACAUGGGGCUAGUGCCCUCAGCGCCAAUAGUCUCCUUCGUUAUGCGGCAGGGGGUGCAUUCCCGCUUUUCACGGUGCAGAUGUUCUCCUCCUUGGGAAUUGGAUGGGCGAGCAGCCUACUGGGCUUCGUGUCGGUGGCAUUAGUGCCUGUGCCAUGGGUGCUAUACAAGUAUGGAAGCAGGAUCAGAGCGCACAGUCAGUAUAUUACCAUCCAGGCAAUUGAACCAGAGAAUCCAUUUGUAGAGGAUGGAGUGACAGCCUGCAAAUAG